AUGGCAACAGUUAGGGACGGCAGUUCCACGACAAAACAUGGAAACGAUGGGAAGAGCUUUGCUGGCCAAAGAAGUUUCCUCGAAUUAAAGAAUCGAUUAGUGUCAGUCCCAGUUCUCACCCUUCGAUCUCCCGGUGAAGAGUUUGUGAUAUAUAGUGAUGCUUCACGUCAGGGCCUUGGUUGUGUUUCGAUGCAAAAUGGGAAAAUCAUAGCAUAUGCUUCCAAAGCUUCUCAUGCCCAAUUAUCAGUUACCAGUGUAGGAGCAUUGUUUGCCAACUUCCAAGUGAGGCCUAUUUUGAUUGACACAGUUAGAGAAACUCAAACUCAAGAUCUAGUGUUGAGCAAAUUGAAAGAAGAAGUUAGUAAAGAUAAGGAUACAGAUUAUACUAUUCGAGAUGACGGAACUUUAGUUAUGGGAAACAGAUUAUGUGUUCCAGAUGAUUCGAAAUUGAAGGAAGAAAUUCUAGAAGAGGCACAUAGUUCAGCUUACGCGAUGCAUCCAGGUAGUACAAAAAUGUAUCAUGUACUCAAAGAACACUAUUGGUGGCAUGAAAUGAAGAGAUAA